AGAGAAAAUGCCUGAAGGAAUAUCCACAAACAUCAGCGCGGCGGCUGCAUCUGCUUCGCCGACGCCUUCCGCGCCGACUGGAUCUGCGACAGCAUCGGCAUCUCCAGCUUCUCCCUUUAUGAAAGCCAAUAUAAUUGACGGCAAGGCUGUCGCCGCAAAGAUCCGAGAGGAGAUAGCGGCGAAGGUUGCGGAGCUCAAGGCCAAAUACAACCGGGUCCCGGGGCUCGCAGUGGUGAUCGUUGGCGAUCGCAAGGACAGUCAGACGUAUGUGCGCAUGAAGCGGAAGGCUUGUGAGGAGGUGGGCAUCGCGCCUUUCGGAGCUGACCUACCGGCAACCGCCACCCAGGAGGAGGUGCUGGAGGCGGUUCGGGGUUUCAACGACAACCCUGACGUGCAUGGCAUCCUGGUGCAGCUGCCGCUGCCUAAGCACAUUGACGAGCAGGCAGUCCUCGGCGCCAUCAGCGUGGAGAAGGACGUGGACGGCUUUCACCCCUUGAACAUUGGGCGUCUGGCCAUGAAGGGUCGGGAGCCUCUGUUCGCUCCGUGUACCCCGGUAGGCUGCAUGGAGCUAUUGGAGAGGUGCAACAUCCCCAUCAAGGGCAAGCGCGCUGUGGUAGUGGGCCGGUCGAAUAUCGUGGGCAUGCCCGCGGCCCUGCUGCUCAACAAACGCGACGCGACCGUCACCAUCUGCCACUCGGCCACCAAGGACAUGGAGUCGAUUGUGCGGCAGGCCGACAUUAUCAUCGCCGCUGCCGGUCAGGCGCAGCUGGUUCGCGGCAGCUGGGUCAAACCCGGAGCCGCCAUCAUUGACGUGGGAACCAACCCCGUGGAUGACCCCUCUAAGGCCGCGGGCUACCGGUUGGUUGGUGAUGUGCAUUUUGAGGAGUGCAAGGAAGUGGCGGGCGCCAUAACGCCCGUGCCCGGCGGUGUGGGCCCCAUGACCAUCGCCAUUCUGCUCCGAAACACCCUGGACAGCGGAGAGCGCUUCAUCACGAGGGACGUGAAGUCCAAGGAAAGCAGCCGGAAGGGCCCCCUCUUGUCCCGUCUGGUUCCGGAGCGGGAGCAGCUCGGGCCUUGGUCGGUGGUGGCGGCAGGGUCGCUGCUGGCAGGAGCGGCGCUGCAGCGCGCGCUGGGGAGCAGGCGGCAGUAGUAGACAUUGCGAAGGAAAGGGUAGGAGCAGGAGGGUAGGAGCAGGAGGAGUAGGAAGAGAGGUGAACAUCAAGAGGGCUGGAAGAUGAAAGCGUUGGGAGUGGAGAGGCGGAUUAAGGCGUGCUGUGUGGCUUGGUUUUUUAAAUGUUAUUUCUCUCUCCCAACUGGAUUUAGGUGCGCUGCGGUCGGUCAUCUGAGGGCCGCAGCUAGUCGGCAUAUGUGGUUCUCCCUAGCUAUGAUGUGACUGCUCAGUGUCGUCAGGUGGGGUCCUUAGGCGGCAAGUAUGUAUUCUUUGGCCAGCUAAGCGCUGAGCAGCACCGCUGCCAGUCUGGAAGUAUGCUAC